GGUUGACCAUGACUGCAGUCUCACAUGAGCAAUAGCAACUGUCUGGGGGUGAAAGCGAGGUAAAGGGAAUCAGGCAGAAGCUAGGCAGAAAAAUGAGCAAUAAACAGUAGAAUAGCGCGAAUAAUAGGAGUCAUUCACAUAGUGAAGCACAGUGAAGCAGGUGCAAACUGCGACAAGGGUCUGUGCCUCCAGGCACCAAGCGCGACCACCGACUGUACCAACACCCCGCGAACCGCCUUUGGCUCUCGCUCUCACUUCAUCUCUGCCUCUACUUAAUCCGAGCCCUCCCACCAAAGUUGUUGUCACAUCUCCGCAACAACUGUUUCCCAUCUCCCAUCUCUCAGACAAGCGACACCAACGCUUGCCUCCAUCCAUCCACCACACCCAGCUGUACCAUCUACUACACACAUCACAACAUGGCUUCCACCGACGAACAGAAGAUCAUCCUCGUCAGCUCCGAUGGCGUCAACAUCCAGACCGACCGCAUCAUCGCCGAGCGCUCGAUGCUCAUCAAGAACAUGAUCGAAGAUCUCGGAACCCCCGGCGAGGAGCCCAUUCCUAUCAUGAAUGUCUCCGAAGCUGUGCUCCGCAAGGUUCUCGAAUGGUGCGACCACCACAAGAAGGACCCCCCACCAGAGAAGGACGAGGACGCCGAUACCCGCAAGAAGACCACCGACAUCGAGGAGUGGGACCAGAAGUUCAUGCAGGUUGACCAGGAAAUGCUCUUCGAGAUCAUCCUCGCCGCCAACUACAUGGACAUCAAGGCCCUUCUUGACGUUGGCUGCAAGACCGUCGCCAACAUGAUCAAGGGCAAGUCUCCCGAGGAGAUCCGCAAGACCUUCAACAUCCAGAACGACUUCACUCCCGAGGAGGAGGAGCAGAUCCGCCGCGAGAACGAGUGGGCCGAGGACCGCUAAGUCUGUCUUCACCGCUUGCCUUUGCGCACGUGAGACCUUCUACACCUUUGGUCCACUGCGGAAACACGAACCACACAUCCUUUCGCCUUGCUCAACACACUUAUGGAAUGCAUGAUGUGUCACUCUUUGAUCGAGAGUCGACACGAUGGCCUGGCGUUUAUCGGAGUUUUCCUUCAUCUUACAACUUUGCGCGACAUAUGACGAAAAGAGCAAAAAGAGCAAUCGACAGUGAGAUGUGGAGAAGUUGCUUUUCACACUCCUCUGCUUGUCACUAUUACCAGACAUGAUAUGGGCAGUGCGUAAAUCAAUGAC